CCAUCUUUUACUCAGUUGAAAUGAGAAUGAGAAUCGUUAAUUGUUCAGUGUUGAUGGAGUAACAAUAAUCAUCUAGUUGGAUCAACAUAGUAAACAUAUAAACACCAACUCCUAGAAACAACAUCAACAAAUGAGUGACUUUUUCAUCAACAUCAUUAGAAUAAUAAUUUCCUUGGCAGACAUUAAUUAACAGUGACAAUAAUAUCAAACAAUUAACAACAACAAUCUAUUUUAUCAAUAUAAAUAUUUAUCUGUGUCAAGUUAAUUGUGAUUAUCCAUUAACACUGAGCAUCUUCAACAAUCAACAGUUUAACAGAAAAUCAACUUGUUGGAUUUACAUUUGAUGGUUUUUUCUUGCUAUUCUUAUCAACAUCUUCAUCAUUAUCAACAUCAUCAUGAUUAAAUUAUCAUGGAGUGUUUAUCUUCAUCAAGAUACAACAAUCAGUGUGAAAUAAAUUACUUUCAUUCAAUAUUUAAAGCAUAAAACUGAAUCAUUUAGACAACAUCAACAAUCAAGAUAAACAUAAUCAUCUGUUUGCAAUUGCUUGUGAAACUUUUAAUCAAUUGUGAUAAUAACAUUAUAUUGUUUAUCAUCAAUUGUUUACAUCUCUAAAUCCAGUUAAUUGUGAAUAUUAAUCAUCACAAAAUUAAGUCAAUAAGGUGACGGUGAGUUAUUAUUACGAUAAUAUAACAAUAAUAAUAAUCAUAGUAAAUCGUAAAAAUAAAAAUCAUCUGAUCAACAAUCCGUCUUGAUAUCUUUCAACCAUCAGCCUUUCAACAGCCAAACAGUAUAACAAACAACAAUUUAACAAUAAUUAAGCCUUAAUUGUGAUAAUAUUAAAUCGUAAUCUCAAAUCAAUAUAAACAAUAAGAAAAGGAAACAAUAAGAAUCUGAAGAUUCAGAAGAAAAAUCAAUCUGAUUACUUUUUCCUUGGGAGAAAUAAAAAGAAUCACAUUGAACAAUAGCUGAUGAAAACAAACUGAAUUAAAUUUAAUCUGCUGAUGGAAGGUAAAAAAUGAUAACAAUUUAUGAUUAAUAGCUGAAAACAAUCAAUUUCUUUCAACAUUUAUCUCAGAAACUUUGAUGGGUUCAACUAUUAUUAUUGAUAUUUUACUCGAAACCACUUUCAUCUCAUCUAUCAUCUAAUAUCCAAGUUAUCCUUUUGUGUCUUUGUUUUGUCAUCAUUUUUUUUUAUCUCCAUCUUCAUCAACUACGAUAACUUAAAUGUCAUUUUGAUGCAGUUUCUUUGACGAUCUGAUCCAAAAUUGAAAUAAAUCAAUAGAAUAUUAGACUUAAAGUCGAAGGUGGAGAAAAGAGUGAGAUUUUCUUUCCUCUCUUCCUGUAUUUCCACUAAAUCCCAAUCAAUUUUCUGUCCGUUCUCACAAUAAUUCCUCAUCUUAUUUUGUCAUCUUCUUUGUCAUUCCAUCUUCUUCUUCUUCUUCUUCCUUGGUCAUCAUCAUUAUCUCCUUUUGGAAGGCGUUUACUUUAUUUCUUUUUCCUCAUCCUUGUCAUAAAAACAUAAGUGAUUACAGAUCAUUGAGCUUCUGGUCAAUCCCUUUGAUUCACUCCCAUCACCAUUUCCUGGCUUCCUGUUUAUCUCCUCUGAUUGUUGUUCCAGUGUUAAUGUUACAUUAUAACUCUUAUUGAAUAUAUAUUAACCUGGAAUGAGAAUUAAAUCAGAAUUAAUUUGUUUACCAUGAAAAUGUCAGAAACAAAGGGCUCGUUACCUUUAAAUUUAACUCCCUGUUAACUCCUUGUUGUUUCAAUCAUUAUCAUCUUCCAAUUUACCAGGAAAAUAAGUCCCUCCAGAAUAAUAAAUUUUAUCGUAUGGUUUCAAGAGAAAGAAGUUUCAUCUCAUCAGAAACAAGUAUUAGCUUUAGUAGUGGGAGAAGAAGACGAAGAAGACAAACAAAGGUAAAAAAACGAUCACGAAAGAGAGAGAAGAAAAGAUUAACUUGAAAAGGCAAAAAAGAGAAGGGAGUAAAAAGGAAGAAGAAGAAAAGAAGACAACAAUUGAGGGAGGGAGAAAGAGUGAGAGAGAGAGAGAGAAAAGGAAGAGGGUAAGAUAGUGAACAAGUGAGAAGAAAGAGGUUAGAAGGACACACAAAGGCUCAGGUCUUCAGGGAACUUUUUCUCUGUCAGUAGUUUCGAAAAAGUCUUAUAAGAUAUUAGAACAAAUCUUUUCGAAGAUAAGUUUCUCUCUCUCUCACUACAUUUCUCCCUCUCUCUCUCUUUCUCUUAACCCUAAUCUUAAUCAUCGUAACUUACCAACUCCCUGCUCAGCUAUCGCUUGAAACGAAGCAAUAUCUCCAAUCGAAAAGAUCACUACGAAUAUUGAAUCGCAAGUCGAUUCUGAGUAAAAAAGAAAUUUUGAUUUGCUUAAAGAGAGAGAGAGAAAGAAAGAGGGAGAGAGAGGGAGGAAAACAAGAAAAAGAUCCAAAUUGUACUAAGAGAAAUCUAAGUUCGAGGUGAGGGUAAAAUGUUAUCACAUCGACUUACAACUGCCCUGGUCAACCUGUCCACCGGAAUUUCCGGAAAUCCCAUUGGUAAUCCAUCCGCUGAUACUCAAGAUCAGUUGUGGUCAAUCGUUAACCAAACAAUAACAUCUUCAUCAAUCAACUCAAGUGAAACAAAUAAUAUAACUUACAACUCCCUUUCUCCAUCUUCAUCAUCAUCAAUACAAAAUCUGUCCAAUAAUCAUUAUUCACAUUUAGCAUCUUCAUUAAACAGUUUUGACAUUAAUCCGAAAACACGUAAUCCCUAUGGAAGUGGACCAGUUUUACCGGACGAUAAUGCCAAUUGGGAUGGACUAUUUCAAUUGAUUGGACUUUCCCUUGUGUCCACUUUAGGCUCAAUGGGAGGUAUUUUCGUCAUCUCGGCAAUUGUUGUCAUUGACACUUUCCAGGUUCGAGGUAACGUUUACCUGGUAAGCUUAUCAUUGAGUCAUCUGUUGGUCACCAUUUUGGUCAUUCCUGCUUCUUGUGUCGCAAUUAUGGCCAAUAUACCCGAUGACCCAUCCAUUUGUCACUUUCAAUGGUUGGUCACCCUUUCAACUUUAACGAUCUCAAUAAUUUCCUUCAUGUUCAUGUCGGUGGAAAAUUUGAAAGGAUUAACCGCCGUUCUUUCAUAUGAAAAGUGUUGUACCAAAUUGCGAAUAGUGUUAAUUGUGAUUAUAAUCUGGCUUUUCGGCCUUGCGUUACCAUUAACUCAACAUGUCAACUCUUUUGGACCUUCAGUUUGUUCCGGUGAUCGUAUUUCCUAUUCAACCAUUGAUCCAACUUAUCAUCUUAUUGUGUCCAUUUGUCUUUUUAUAUUUCCAACGUUGGUCACUUUGUUGUGUUUUACUCGGUGUUUUUUCAUCACCAAAUGGUUACGUUCACAGUUAGAAAUCAAUCCAACGGAAGAUCCUUGGGCUUACAUGUUAACUGAUGAAAGUUUGCUCAAAUCAAACAUUUGCGUUUAUAUAUCAUCAUUUUGCAUGUGGACACCAUUGAUUAUCACCUCAAUUGUUAAUAUUUACUCACCAGUGGCUCAGGAAUGGCUCAAUUCAACCUGGUAUUUGGCCUUAAGCCAUUCAUGUGUUUACAGUUUUCUUUACGCAGCAACAAAUCGUGACUUUGCUGAAGCUUUUUUCAAACUCUUCUAUUAUUGUUGCUGUAAAUCUCAUGUAAAUUGGGCACGGAAAGGGUGUGGUCCUCGUCGUGGUCCAAGUUACGAUCCAAUGGGACUGAGAGUUCAUAUAAUUCCAGGUCUUAACAUGUGCUCACAAAGGCGAGAAGGCGGUUCAUCAGGUGGAUCUGCUGUUGGUGGUGGAUCAACAAGCUUUUCAACAAGAUUAACUUCAAGUGGAGGUGGAGGAUCAAUGGGAGGUGGUAGUUCACUUGGCCAUCAUUCAGGAGGUGGUUUCUCAUUUGGAGGCCAUGGAAGUGGAAGUGGUGGCGGAGGUGGUAGUGGGUUCGGUCAUUCAAUCGGUGGUUCCUCUUGUACCAGUGGACCUUUUGCCAGAUCAUUCCAAUCGGCCAGAGCUUACAGGACAACGGGUGAUCUUUAAAUUAAUAACACUAACUAAUAACUUGACCAUUAAAUUAUUUAUAAGCCAAAAAAGAAAAAGAAAAAAACUAAACUAAUUAAAACUCAAUAAGAAAACAAAUGAAAAAAAGUGAUUGGUCCGAACUCUUGAUUAGAUCAAAAUUAUCCAUUAGAUGACAUUGAAACUCUUUGACCAACUUGACCCUUUUUAAAGUAAAUUUAUUUUUCUCCGUAAAAAAAUUUUUCCUCUCCUCUUAAUUGUUUUCAUUUUGUUUUCUAUUAUUAAAUUGUGACAAUUUACUAAAUCAUUCUCAUAAUUAGAAUAUAAUUAUUUCCUUUCAACCAAAAUUCUCUCAAUCAAUUAACUUGGAUUCCAUUUUAUUUUCUGUUCCUUGUUAACCAAUUUAAUGGAUUAUUUUUGUUUCUCCUUGACUGUUGUUAUAAUAUUUCUCCUGUUGUUGUUAAUUAAACACUAAUUAACUAAAUCCUAGCAAUUAAUUUCCUCCAGAAUUGGCCCAGAAUUUUAAAGCCUCAAGGAACCAACAAAUUUAGUGUUAUAUUAAAUACCAAAGAGUCACAACUUUGUUUACCUGAUUUUUUCUGUCCUCCAACAACAAGAAAAACUGUCACAAUUUAAUUCCUUCUUUGUGAUGAUUAUAACUUUUUCCAUUUUCUAUUUUAUAUUAACCAUCAUUAAAUUUUAUUCUGUUAAUCGUCAAUUACCAUAUUUACCUGACACAAUUAAAGGGGAAAAAAAGGUAAACAAUUAAAAAUGAGAAAAGGAUUAAAGUUAAACGAGAUGAUCAACCAAAACCAAUCUCCAUUUGCUCAUCAUCACCUUUGUUUACAUUACAUUUACAUUGUUACUUGGAAACAAUUUUCAUCAACUUCAAUUAUCCUCUCCAUUGAUUAACUUCAUUGAUUAACCUGCUAAUUAAUUGUGGACCAUAUUCAUAGAAUAAUAUUAAACAUUGUAAGAUGAUAAGUACUAUGAUAAUAUUAUGAUAACAAUAAUAUAUGAAUACUAAAGUAAAAGGAGCCAUUAUUUUAGGUGGAACCUCGAGUA